UUCAACUGCACUGCUGCCAGGAGAUUUAGCAGGUUUCUCCAGCGAGGCCAGAGGGGCUUUAGGUUUUCAGGCUGCCUUCAAGGUAUGUGGUUAGUCUCGCGAGUCAGGCGUUAGAACUUGCCGUCUUUCCAUUAGUCUCGCCGAGACUAAUGGAAGACGGCAAGUUCUCCUGCAGACGCGCCUUCGAUCGCGAGUUAGCUCAUUUGCGCAUGCGUAUUGUGCAUGGUUUGGAACGGAACCACGACGUGAAAAAGGAGGACGGGACGCGUCGCUCGCUGCCCCCUCAUAAUAGAGAGCCAGGUCGAGCACUGGAGGGGAUGGCGGACCCGUGCAGGGGUGUCACGGAGGAGGAGGAGGAGGAAGAGGAGGACUCGCUGGAGCAGCUACGGUUCGUGUUCAACCUGUGCGACAGAGACAGAGACGGAGUAAUUUCCGUGGAUGAGUUCCGGCAGAUUGGCCGGGACCACUUCGACAAGACGAAGCCGAUGGAAGUUCUGAUUCAACAGAUCGACCCAAUGGGAACUGGGCGUGUCACAUUCUCCAUGUUCCGGGCUGGAAUAGAGACCUUUCUCACCUCACGGAGUGCCAGAAGUCGCUCCACCAGUCAAGGUUCCUCCAACAUUGAUCUUCCAUCGUCUCCUACUGAGUGUAGCUCAAUGUUGGAGGAGGCAUUUGGGAGUGACUCGCUGGUCCAUCCCCUCUUCCCCUCCUCACACUCCCUCAUCCCCAAUGGCUAUCACACUGACAGUUCUCCUCCGAGUUGUGACCUCACAUCACUGUCAGGAGACGGAGAGGAUGACGCUGGGACUCCACUUCACUCUUCACCAUUACCGUUAAGAAGACAGUCUCUACCGGCUGGUUCAGCUGUGAGGGACAUCCCCGGGGGAUUUGGUAGACUGCGAGCGGGUCGUCACAGUCAGCUCGCCAUACCAGUGUCCCCGGCCCUCAGUCGCAGCAAAUGCAGCACUCCGGCCGAGCAGGAGGCCGAGGAGAUGGUCUCUCAGCUCAGCGACCAGCUGGAUGACCUGUCGUCAAAGUUAGAGUAUCUCGAGGAGGACCAGAGAAGCAGUCUUGGAGCCAGGGAGAGACUCAGGAGAGAGAAAGAGGCCCUUCAAGAGAGAAUGGAAGAAUGCGAUGAGCGAAUUCGUUCCACUGAGCAGUUAUCACAAAGAAUUCUACAGGAGAAUGACGACAGACAUGCUGUGAGUAUCAACAGACUGAGGAGAGAGAGUCAGGCUCAGUUGGACGACCUCUCCUCACAGUUACAAACCAGAAAGGAAGAGAUUGAGAGGUAUCGACUCCACUGAAGCGAAUAUUAGAGCACAACUCGCAACAACCAACGAGCGGUUGGAGGAGUGCGAGGGUCGUGUGAGUGUGCUGGAAGAGAGGGGGAGGGAGAUGGAGGUGGAGGUGAGGAGGGCCAGGGAGGUGUUGAGGAUGGAGAGGAGGAGAGAAUCAAAGAGAGAGUGGCUCAUUCACAGGUGGUGGUGGAGUAUGAAGGUCAGAUCAGAGGCUGGCAGAAGGCGUGCGAGGAAGCAGGACGAGAGAAGAAGAGACGGUCUCUCACGGUCUCUGACAUGGACUCCGAGGUCUCCAGACUCAGAAAGGAGAUAGAGAAGCUGAAGAGAGACAAUGAAGGUCUUCAGGCCAGAUUCCUACAACACGGGAAGGAACUGUUGUCUCAAAACACUCAGUCCCUCGCUGACGAGAUGGAAGAUGCCUCCAAAGAUGACGUGAUGAAGGUUCUGAGGGAAGCAGAAGUGCACAGCGCAAGACUCCACGAAUACAUUGAAGGUCUCCUGGUCUCUAUCAUCGACAAACACCCCGAGCUCCUGGAAAAGAGAUGACAGCCACACCUUCCUUCGUCUCCCUCCUCCUCCUCUUUCAUCUGUUUUUAUCCCCGCCCAUGGCUCUAUUUGUGUAACAUACUUCCUCUCAACCGGCAUCACAUGAGUUGUUAUAAUGUCCGAGUUACUGAGAAAGCACGUGCGUCAGUCUGAGUUUAUGAGCAAGCAACUUGCUAUAUACAGAG